AUGAAAGUUAUCGUCAUUGAUCACUUUGGUGGACCCGAAGCUCUCGUCUUCAAGGACCUUCCAGAACCGGAGCCGAAAGCGGGCCAUGCUAUUGUCCAGGCGAAGGCCCUUGGCUUGAAUCACGCCGAGUCGCACAUGCGCAAGGGCGAGUGGCCCGAGUAUAUGCCUGUCACUGGUCUGGAGUGUGUCGGUUCGGUGACUGCAUGUCCGGGCGGGGAGUUCGCCGCCAUCAUGGGUGGCCUAGGUCAGUUGAUUCCGGGGACGUACGCCGAAUACACCAGCGUUCCGAGACUAAUGCCUGCGUGGUCAACCGUCUUCGGCAUCCUGGAGUUAAAGCGUGGGCAAAUUUUACUCAUCCGUGGCGCUACCUCAGCGCUCCGCCAGGCCGCUUGCCAUCUCGCCGUUCAUACUGGAGCCAUCGUCACAGCUACCUCACGUUGGCGGGAACGCUUCCCACAGAUGCAGGCGAUGGGUGUCCAUGCUGCCAAGCUCGAAGGCCCGGACUCGGUACCAGAAAUCGCCGCUUCAGACUUGAGGUUCGAUGUCGUUCUGAAUUUGGUAGGAAACUCCGUCCUUAUCGAGAGCAUGGCGAUCGUCCGUCGUGGAGUUCCUUUGUGCCAGGGCGGAUGGCUGGGUGGCUUGGGACCCACUGUGGGCUUCAAUGCAAUGACUCAGAUGGCCACUGGCAUCCACUUCAGUCUCUUCCACAGCAAGGACUUGGGCACAUCGGAUUUUCCACUUUCAGAUGUGCCGCUGCAGGAGAUCGUACGACGCGUUGAGGAGGGAGAUUGGAGUACCAAACCAUCGCAUAUCUACGAUUUUGCGCAUAUUCACGAGGCGCAUAGAAUGUUCGAUUCCGGACAAGCCAAUGGCAAGCUUGUUCUUCGGAUGUGA